UGACGCAAGAUUACAUAAACGUUCAACAUGACCUAGUAAUUGAGAGAGAGGGGGUCGCCGACGCGAGGCGGCCAACUAAGUUAGCCUGCGGAUUGAAUGACUUAGUCUUACAUAAGCCCAAUGAAAAGCUCAAAACCGAAUCGUCGGGCGAGCGGGUCGCCGAAUGGCGGCCUCACUCCUAGUGAACGGCAUUGGAAUACGGAUUGGAAAACGUUCUAACCGUACGUUAAACAGACACUUCCCAAAAAAUAUCCUCGCAAGCUAUAUAACAAAGAAUACAUGGUCUAAAGUGCCCACUCGCUACACCGAGGUGGUGUCCGUGACUUUUCCUCGACGUCAAUCGGCGGUGUUGUGUCCCAUGCAGGCCAAACCAGGCGGCUGUAAACCCGUCGCUUCCUGUACGGUGGACAGCUGUGCCACAGUCGUUCGAUCUGUCCAGAAAUUUCGCUCUCGUAAGUGUAGAGAGGCUUCUCGAUUGCUCGCGAAUUACUGGUGGGCAGAAGUAGUGCUAGUAUUAGUCAAAGAUCUGAUAUUAGGUGAGGGAGAGAAAUCUACUCAGUACAACGUACUGUCCGUAAGAGUUUCUUUUAGGAAGACGAAUUGCAUUAAAGGCUUCGGAAAUUUGUAUACAAGAGAAGUAUACGUAUGAUCAGACUGCACAAAAUCAGAUGACGUCUGUUAAUGAU